AUAGUUUUCACAACAGAGAAUACAAAACAAACAAGAAACAGUUCUCAGUUGAGCCGACACUCAAUUUUCAGAUUUCUUCUUCUUCCCAAAUCACAAUUCUAAAUCAAGAAACAAAAUUUAUUAUUCAUAGCGUAAAAUGGAUCCGUGCCCGUUUGUUCGUUUGAUCGUCGAAUCAUUAGCCCUGAAACUCCCCGCCGCCGCCGCCAAGCCCGCCGCCGGUUCAGGGAUCCACCCUUCCACCACCCCAUGCUACGCCAAGCUCAAGAUAAAGAACUUCCCUUCACAAACAGCCCUCCUCCCACUCUGCAUCGCCGGCGGCGACCCACCGGAAUCAUCCCCCUCCUCCGCCACGUUCCACCACGACCCCGACGCCCUCCGCCGCAUCUCCUCCAAACCCGCCACCACCAUCAAACUCUCCGUCUUCACCGGCCGCAUGGGCCGGACUUGCGGCGUCUCGAGCGGGAAGCUUCUCGGCUCGGUUCAGGUUUGCGUGAAUCUAGGCAAUCUCCAGACGAGGGGGUGCGUUUAUCAAAACGGUUGGGUGAAACUUGACGGCGGCGCCGCUGGCACCGAGCCGGCGGCGAGGUUGCACUUGACCGUCCGGUCUGAACCGGAUCCCCGGUUCGUGUUCCAGUUCGGGGGCGAACCGGAGUGCAGUCCGGUGGUUUUCCAGAUUCAGGGGAAUAUAAGGCAGCCGGUUUUCAGCUGCAAGUUCAACGCCGACAGGAGUAAUAGGUCCCGGUCGCUUCCUUCCGAUUUCAACACCAGCAACCGGGUGUGGGCGAGAACAUUCUCCGGUGAGAGAGACAACAACCGAGUAGGAAGAGAGAGAAAGGGUUGGAUGUUUAUAGUCUACGAUCUAUCCGGCUCCGCGGUUGCCGCAGCGUCGAUGGUCACGCCUUUCGUCCCAUCACCAGGAUCGGACCGCGUUUCGCGGUCCAAUCCUGGUGCAUGGCUCAUCCUGUGCCCCAACGGCGUAUCCAUCAGCAGCUGGAAGCCGUGGGGCCGGCUCGAGGCGUGGAGGGAGCGCGGGCCCACCGACGGGCUCAGGUACAAAUUCGAGCUCAUCACCGACGCGGGCCUCACGAGUGGGGCCCCCAUUGCGGAGGGGACCGUCAGUGUGAAGAAGGGUGGGGAGUUUAGCAUUGAUAAUUCGAGGAGUGAUUCGGCUUUGAGUUUUUUGUUGAAGAAUCGAGGGUUUGUGAUGGGUUCGAGCGUUGAGGGAGAGGGUAAAGUGAGUAAGCCGGUGGUUCAAGUCGGGGUGCAGCACGUGACUUGCAUGGCCGAUGCGGCUCUGUUUGUGGCUCUGGCGGCGGCGGUUGAUCUUAGUAUGGACGCUUGUCGGUUGUUUUCGAGGAAGCUUAGGAAGGAGUUUUGCCACGAUGAACAAGAAUCGAUCAACUGAGGGUCGGUCCCACGUAUGAUAUAUAUAGCGGCAACCAGACGAGACCUGAGAAUUAAUUUUUGUGUGAGGAAAGUUGUUUUGGAUAAAUUGUUAAUCUUCUUGCAGUGAAAACCAUUGGCUUGAGGAGCCUUGAUUUGAGCUUGGGAGAUGCCCCUUAAUCUCCUUGUUUCUUGCCUCUUGAUUUUAUUUAAUUAUUUAAUUAUUUUUAAUUUUUUUGUUUUUGGCUGAGUUAUUACAAAUGUUGUCUUUGAUGAGAGAGUGUGUGGUAGCUACAAGGAUUUUGAUGUACUGAAUUAAUUGAUAAGCUUGAUGCUGAUUUGUUCAUGUGCAGUUUCCACACUAGCUUGUAACUAGACAUGUUAUUUUUUGUUCAUUCUUUAUAUUCUUUGGUGAGAGCUGAUUUUGUGAUCACUUGAUAAUCAAUAAUUAAUUAUUUAACA